AUGGUCGUCAACGGACGACUGGAGCAUGCUGUCAACCUACCUCUUGGUGUUCUCCAGCCAGUGAUCCUACCACAGCGUCACCGAGUCACUACACUACUCAUCCAGCGCGAAAACGACCUCUGUUGCCAUGGUGUCGGAACCCAGCACCUGCUGUCCAACCUACGACAGAGAUUCUGGAUUGUACAUGGUACAUCAGCGAUCAAAAGUGUACGUGCACAAUGCGUUACGUGCAGCCGACUGAUGAGUAAGGCUGCGGAGCAGAUCAUGGGACCGCUACCCAACCAUCGCACGUGUGGUUCUCUCAAACCAUUUACCAGAUGUGGAGUAGAUUACGCAGGACCGUUCUACACAAAGCAAGGGCGUGGUCGAGUGCAGCAGAAGCGGUACAUGUGCGUUUUCACCUGUUUGGAGACCAGAGCAUGCCACUUGGAGAUGGCCUUCUCUUUGGACACAGAAGCAUUCCUGAUGGCAUUCUCCAGAUUCAUCAAGCGUCGCGGCACUCCGUCCAUCAUAGUGUCGGACAACGGCACGAACUUUACAGCUGCCGAGCGAGAGCUCCGAGAGGCGAGCGAAGCCAUUGAUCGCACGCAAGUCAGCAGGAAAUUCGCUCAUGAAGGAAUAGAGUGGUGGUUCAAUCCUCCGCGAGCACCCCACUUUGGAGGAGUAUUCGAAAUUGUUGUGAAAGCUGCUAAGCGUGCCAUCACCACAGUACUCGCUAAUGCUUCGCUUACCGACGAGGAGUUGCUGACCGCACUGAUUGAAGCAGAGCAUCUCAUCAACACUCGUCCGCUGACUACAGUCUCAGAUGAUGCUCAGGAUGAUCAGCCCCUCACUCCCCAGCAUUUCCUUGUGGGACGUAUGGAUGCGCCUCUGGCCAAGGAAGUGACGUUGCUUGGUGAGCAUCAGCAUCAGCGGAAGAGAUGGGCGGCAGUACAGCGAUUAGUAGACGAAGUGUGGCAGCGAUGGAAAAGAGAGUUUCUACCAUCCUUGAACCUCCGGAAAUGCUGGCGCCAGGCCAAGAAGAGCUUGAAGGUGGGUGACGUGGUGAUGUGGAUGAGUCCCGGCACUCCGCGCGGACAGUGGCCAUUGGGUCGCAUUAUGGAGACCUUCCCAGGAAAGGACAACAAGGUGCGCGUCGUGGACGUCAAGAUUGGAGGCAAGAUCCUGCAACGUGCCAUCCAUCAUCUCGUUCCUUUGCCAGUUGGAAAUGAGUAA